GAGACAUGAAAGAUGCCUUAGAGAAGAAAAAAGCUUCAACCAUGCUUUACAACAGAAACUAUACCGCUCUCAAGGACUGUUUUCCUUAGCUUCUAAUGGAGUCAGCUCAGUAGGGACAUCGGCUUUGCUGGGCUUCGCAGAGGGAGGAAGAUCAUGAGUGACUGGAGAAACGUGUCCCAGUGAAAGCCGAAGUGUGAAUAACCAUUGUACCUGUUCCUGGAAAUGACUCUUUCCUUGGAUUUUUCUUGGCUACGGUGGAAAUGGCGAACCCCAAAUGGCUUCCCCGAAUCCCCUUCAGAAAGCACACCUCUGCUUUCUCCGGAGAUGAACCGGCAGAGCUACAACCCAACAGAGCAGCGGGUGGUAUACCCCAACAAUGGCAUGUGUCACCAGGACUGGAAGAAGAUCUCCAGGAGGUACCCAGGCAACAGCAUCUGUACAACCAAGUACACCCUACUCACCUUCCUGCCCCAGAAUCUCUUUGAGCAGUUUCAUAGGUGGGCCAACCUCUACUUCCUCUUUCUGGUGAUUCUGAACUGGAUGCCCUCCAUGGAAGUCUUCCACAGGGAAAUUACCAUGUUACCAUUGACCAUUGUCCUGUUCAUCAUCAUGGUCAAAGAUGGCAUAGAGGACUUCAAGAGAUACUGCUUUGAUAGAGAGAUGAACAGCACCAGCAUUCAAAUAUACGAAAGGAAAGAGCAGAGCUACAUGCCAAAGCGCUGGCAGGAUGUGCGCGUGGGAGACUUUGUUCAAAUGCGGUGCAAUGAGAUCGUCCCAGCAGACAUCCUUCUCCUCUUCUCCUCGGACCCCAGUGGGGUCUGUCACCUGGAAACUGCCAACUUGGAUGGAGAGACCAACCUCAAACAGAGGCGUGUUGUGAAGGGCUUCUCACAGCAGGAGGUGCAGUUCCAACCGGAGUACUUCCACAGUACCAUCAUAUGUGAGAGGCCUAACAACCACCUCAGCAAGUUUAAGGGUUAUAUGGAGCAUCCUGACCAGACCAGGACUGGCUUCGGCAGUGAGAGUCUUCUGCUCCGAGGCUGCACCAUCCGAAACACCGAGGUGGCCGCUGGCAUUGUCAUCUAUGCAGGUCAUGAAACAAAAGCCAUGCUGAACAAUAGUGGUCCCCGCUACAAACGCAGCAAGAUCGAGCGGCGCAUCAACACGGACAUCUUCUUCUGCAUCGGCCUCCUCUUCCUCAUGUGCCUCAUUGGGGCUGUAGGACAUGGUCUCUGGAAUAGGACCUUUAAAGAGCAUCCUCCCUUUGAUGUGCCAGACGCUGAUGGGAACUUCCUCUCCCUUGCCCUUGGAGGCUUCUAUAUGUUUCUCACAAUGAUCAUCCUGCUCCAGGUGUUGAUCCCCAUCUCUUUGUACGUGUCCAUUGAGCUGGUAAAGCUUGGGCAAGUGUACCUCCUUCAUAACGACCUUGACCUAUAUGAUGAAGAAACCGAUUUGUCCAUUCAAUGUCGAGCCCUCAACAUUACCGAGGACCUGGGCCAGAUCCAGUACAUCUUCUCUGACAAAACAGGGACCCUGACGGAAAACAAGAUGGUGUUCCGGCGUUGUACCAUUGUGGGCCGUGAAUAUUGUCAUCAAGAAAAUGCCAAGCGACUGGAGAUGCCAAAGGAGUUGGACUCAGAUGGUGAGGAGUGGACCCAAUACCAAUGUCUGUCCUUCCCACCUAGAUGGGCCGAGGGCCCAGCAACAAUGAGAAGCCAAGGAGGUACCCAGCCUCUGAGGAGGUCCCAGAGUGCCCGGGUCCCCAUCCAGAGCCACUCUCGACAAAGGUCUGUGGGACGCUGGGAGCCCUCACAGCCACCAGUGGCCUUCAGCAGCUCAAUAGAAAAAGAUGUGACUCCAGAUAAAAAUCUCCUGAGCAAGGUGAGGGAGGCUGCCCUGUGGCUGGAGACCUCAGACAGCAGACUUGCCCGGCCUUCCCUUUCCACCACGGCCUCCAUCGCUGACUUCUUCCUUGCCCUGACUAUCUGCAACUCUGUCAUGGUGUCCACAACCACUGAGCCCAGGAAAAGGGUUACCACUCCGCCCUCCAACAAGGCUCUAGGUUCAUCCUUGGAAAAGAUCCAACAUCUGUUCCAGAGGCUGAAGAUUAUGAGCCUCAGCCAAUCAUUCUCCUCCACCGCCCCCUCUGACCCAGAUCUAGGAGAGAGCCUGGGGCCCAACAUGCCCACCACAGACUCAGAUGACAAAGAUGACGUAUCUGUGUGUAGUGGAGACUGCUCCACGGAUGGUGGCUACAGGAGCAGCACAUGGGAGCAGGGUGACACCCUGGGGUCCGGGUCAGGGGCUUCUCUGGAGGAGGGGCUGGAGGCCCCAGCUCUCAGCCUAGAUGAACCAGAGCUCUGUUAUGAGGCCGAGAGCCCUGACGAGGCAGCUCUGGUGCAUGCGGCCCGUGCCUAUAGUUUCACCCUGGUGUCUAGGACACCUGAGCAGGUGACUGUGCGUCUGCCCCAGGGCAUCUCCCUCACUUUCGAACUCCUCUUCACCCUGGGAUUUGACUCUGUCCGGAAGAGAAUGUCAGUAGUGGUGAGGCACCCACUGACGGGUGAGAUCAUCGUCUACACCAAGGGUGCUGACUCAGUUAUCAUGGACCUGCUAGAAGAUCCAUCCUGUGUGAGUGAUAUUGAUGUGGAGAAGAAGCUGAAAAGAAUCCAAGCCCGGACCCAGAAACAUCUGGACUUGUAUGCAAGAGAUGGCCUUCGAACCCUGUGCAUUGCUAAGAAGGUUGUAAAUGAAGAGGAGUUCCAGAGGUGGGCCAGUUUCCGGCGUGAGGCGGAGGCAUCCUUGGACAACAGAGAGGAGCUCCUGAUGGAGACAGCCCAGCACCUGGAGAAUCACCUCACCCUACUCGGAGCCACUGGGAUUGAGGACCGACUCCAGGAAGGAGUUCCAGACACAAUUGCUGCACUACGGGAGGCUGGAAUCCAGCUCUGGGUUUUGACAGGAGAUAAACAGGAGACGGCAGUCAAUAUCGCAUAUUCCUGCAAACUGCUGGAUCAGACUGACACCGUGUACUCCAUUAACACAGAGAAUCAGGAAACCUGUGAGUCCAUCCUCAACUGUGCAUUGGAGGAUGUAAAGAGGUUUCGUGAACCACAACAACCAGCCAGAAAACUCUGUGGGUGCCGCACACCAUCUAAGAUGCCAUCGGCUAACUCAAGAGCUAUGACUCCUGAAGUUGGACUGGUCAUUGAUGGGAAGACAUUGAAUGCAAUUUUCCAGGGGAAGCUGGAAGAUAAGUUUUUGGAGUUGACGCGGUACUGUCGCUCUGUCCUGUGUUGCCGCUCCACCCCCCUCCAGAAGAGUAUAAUUGUCAAGCUGGUGCGAGACAAGUUGAGCGUCAUGACUCUUUCCAUAGGUGAUGGAGCAAAUGAUGUAAGCAUGAUUCAAGCUGCUGACAUUGGCAUUGGAAUAUCUGGGCAGGAAGGCAUGCAGGCCGUCAUGUCCAGCGACUUUGCCAUUGCCCGAUUCAGCCACCUCAAGAAGCUGCUGCUCGUGCACGGCCACUGGUGUUACUCACGCCUGGCCAGGAUGGUAGUAUACUACUUCUACAAGAACGUGUGCUAUGUCAACCUGCUGUUCUGGUACCAGUUCUUCUGUGGUUUCUCCGGCUCCACCAUGAUCGAUUAUUGGCAGAUGAUAUUCUUCAAUCUCUUCUUCACCUCCUUGCCUCCCAUUGUCUUCGGAAUCCUUGAUAAAGAUGUCUCUGCAGAAACACUCCUGGCGUUGCCUGAGUUAUAUAAGAGUGGCCAAAACUCUGAGUGCUACAACCUGCCAAGGUUCUGGAUUUCCAUGGCUGAUGCGUUCUACCAGAGUCUCAUCUGUUUCUUUAUCCCUUACCUGACCUACAGAGGUUCAGAUAUAGAUGUCUUUACCUUUGGAACACCAAUCAACACCAUCUCCCUCAUUACCAUCCUCUUGCACCAGGCAAUGGAAAUGAAGACAUGGACUGUCCUCCACGGCCUUGUCCUCCUCGGCAGCUUCUUGAUGUACUUCGUGGUUUCCCUCAUUUACAACGCCACUUGUGUUACUUGCAACAGCCCCGUCAAUCCCUACGGGGUGAUGGAAAGGCAGCUCUCAGACCCCACAUUCUACCUCAUCUGCCUGAUCACACCAGUUGUGGCUCUUCUACCCAGGUACUUUCUCCUGUCUCUACAAGGCACAUAUGGGAAGUCUCUCAUCUUAAAAGCCCAGAAAAUUGACAAGCUGCCCAUAGACAAAAGAAACCUCGAAAUCCAGAACUGGAGAAGCAAACAGAGACCUGCCCCUGCCCCUGCUUCUGCUUCUGCUUCUGUUCCUGCUUCGGACCCUGCCCAUGUUCAGCCCCCAUGCCAGUCAGUAUCACCUGCACAACAGCAGGGCUUGGGGACCAGCACCCCAAAGAACUUUAGCCCUCCCAGGCAGAAGCAUGUUGAAGACUGGGUUCUCCAGGGUCCAAGAUGCAGCAGAGAGCUCUCAAGGGAUGGCUCAUGCUCAGGAGACACCUUGGCUAAAUUCUCAUCUGGGGAAUGUCUACUGGGCCCAAACAGAACAAUGGCUCUGACAGCCUAUAUCAGGGGACAGGAUGUGUCUCGACACUCAAGCAAAGGCAGCCAUCGCCGGUCUCAGAGUUCACUCAUAUGAGGGGGCUACAAAAAUCGGAGAUUGAAGCAAACUCAGAAGAGGCUGCCCCAAUAACUGACAAGUGACCCUGUUCCCUUCCUCUCUGUAGAGGAAUGAUUGCCAGUUUUAUCAAUUCUCCUCCACCAGGGUUGACUUCCUUGGGGAAACGAUGUCCUCAAAGGGGUUGAGCAACACUGACUGUCAGGCCCACUGACUCUGGCUUUCUGCCAGGCAGCAUAUCUUCAAAACAAUAGUCUGGAUCCAGAUGUUAUGAUUUUGUUACAUUGUGUUCCAACGUUUUAACUCAAGCACAUCCUUAUGUGCUUCUACGUGAGCAAAGCCCAUGGCCCUAAUGCAUCCAGGCAGUGAGUAUCCAAGACUCCAACCAGUAUUACAAAUCUUUGAGAUGUAUCAGAAUACGGAAGUUACUAGGGUUGCCAAGUCAUCACCUCACCUCACCCAAGAGUUCAAGUUUCAGAGGAGACCUGCACACAAUAGCUUCUUCUCAAGAUCACUCCUGUACCAAGUCAGGAAUAUCGUCUCUUCCAUGAACAGAGUUGAGGUCACCUCAUUCCUUUAAGCCAGUGGUUCUCAACCUUCUUGAUGCUGUAUCCCUUUAAUAACAAAGUUCCUCAUGUUGUGGUGACUCCCCCAACCAUAAAAUUAUUUCACUGAUACUUCAUAACUGUUAUUUUGCUACUGUUAUGACUUGUAGUGUAAAUAUCUGAUAUGCAGGCUAUCUGACAUGUGACUCCCAAAGGGGCUGUGACCCAGGUUGAGAACCACUGCUCUAAGUCAAAGAAAACAACAUCUCAAGAUGAAAAUGGGAUUAGAUGGGAUUUGUGUGCAGUACAACAGAUACCACCAAGGGCUGUGGGAUUACAGCUCAUAUAAGAGGCAGGAAGGAUACACAUACUAAAGGUUUUCCACUAAUGGACCACAUGCCCCAC